CAAGCGCAAGCACAUAUAUCGCGCCGGCAUGGUUGUCUCGCGUUUGCGGAGUGCAGGGUUUGCCGUCAUUGUUCUGGCUUCCUUGAUUUCUUGGAGGGUGUUUCAGGGAUCAGACCUUGCAUCUACAUCAGCAUUUUCAAUUGCUGAAAUUGCCACAGCAGAGGAAGUGGUAGCUGAAUCGACGACAACUUCCCCUCCGGACCGCUGGGCGGAGCUGUUCAGUGGCCAGCGGCGUAUAGUCCUCCAAUGGAUCCAAAACCCGAUUGUGUUGCAAUAUGUCGCCGAGCUUGCUCGAACGUCUUCUACCAACCAAAGAACAGGCAUUAGCACCUUUGGAAACUGGGAAAAGAGUGAUUCGCUAAUGAUGUGCAUUCAAGAAGUUUUCACCACAUACUUUUAUAACAUGCCGCUGAGUGAAUUUCGAGCAUCAAGGCCGAAUGUUAAGCACAUCAAGACACUCAGCAUUGGUUGUGGGGAUGGGGCCUGGGAGAAAUCCUUGGUUGUCGCAGGUUUCACAGACGACUUGACUGGAUUUGAUACAAGUCACGGUUCAGUGGCUCGCGCCAAUUCCAAUCUGCAGAACUGGUCGACCAUGCUGAGAUUUGCAGUUUUUGAUGCCAACUCGGAUCCCAUCAAUGGCACCUUCGAUUUGAUUUACUGCCAUCAUUCACUGCAUCAUAUUCAAAAUUUAGAAUUCUUUUACGAGCAGGUGUAUCAGUCAUUGCGGCCAGGAGGCAUUUUUGCAUUUGAAGACUUUGUUGGCCCAACGCGGUAUCAGUGGACACCUGCGCAACUGCAAAUUCAGAAUAAGAUUUUGCAGGCAUUGCCACGAUACUUGCGAAAUCACGCUUUAGCUCCUGGCGUCUAUGCAGACAAGAUGCACAUGCAUACCCACACGGGAAUGAUACGGGAAGAUCCUUCUGAAGCAGUUCGGUCGAGUGAGAUACUUCCUGUUCUGGAGAAAUGGUUCAGCAGCAAGUUGCCAAUUGUGGAGCGUGUGCCGCUUGGAGGGACCAUUCUCCACCCGCUUUUUAAUAUCAUUGGGUGGAACUUUAAUUUGAGCAACCCCGAGCACGCUUCUCUCGUGCAGAUGAGCUGCAUCAUUGAUUGGCUUGCAUUGACCGUUCUGAAGCAAUCAGAUUUUGUCGCAGUUGUGACAAGGAAGGCUUAGGCCUUAUAUAGGCUGUUUCAAUCAAACGAUGCUGCAAUCAA